ACAUGUCAAUUUAAAAGCCUCCCAUCCCCAUAAAACCCCCACCGCCACCACCGCCGCCGCCGCCGCCCAUUUUCUUCAUGAUGGAUCUUCUCCUACUCGAGAAGACCCUUCUCGGCCUGUUCGCCGCCAUCGUCAUCGCCGCCGUGGUGUCGAAGCUCCGCGGCAAGAAAUUCAAGCUCCCGCCGGGGCCGAUCCCGGUGCCGAUCUUCGGCAACUGGCUGCAGGUCGGCGACGACCUGAACCACCGCAACCUGACGGAGUACGCCAAGAAGUUCGGCGACAUACUCAUGCUCCGGAUGGGGCAGCGCAACCUGGUGGUGGUCUCCUCGCCGGAGCUGGCGAAGGAGGUCCUCCACACGCAGGGCGUCGAGUUCGGCUCCCGCACCCGCAACGUGGUGUUCGACAUCUUCACCGGCAAGGGCCAGGACAUGGUGUUCACCGUGUACGGCGAGCACUGGCGGAAGAUGCGGCGGAUCAUGACGGUGCCCUUCUUCACCAACAAGGUGGUCCAGCAGAACCGCCACGGAUGGGAGGCGGAGGCCGCCGCCGUGGUUGACGACGUCAGGAAGAACCCCGCCGCGGCGACGGAGGGGAUCGUGCUCCGGCGGCGGCUGCAGCUGAUGAUGUACAACAACAUGUACAGGAUCAUGUUCGACAGGCGGUUCGAGAGCGAAGAGGAUCCCCUGUUCUUGAAACUGAAGGCGCUGAACGGAGAGAGGAGCCGAUUGGCGCAGAGCUUCGAGUACAACUAUGGCGAUUUCAUCCCGGUUUUGAGACCUUUCUUGAGAGGCUAUCUCAAGAUCUGCAGGGAGGUUAAGGAGAAGAGGAUUAAGCUCUUCAAGGAUUACUUCGUCGACGAGAGGAAGAAACUUACGAGCACAAAGGGGACCGAUAGCGAAGGACUAAAAUGCGCAAUCGAUCACAUUCUAGAAGCACAACAGAAGGGAGAGAUCAAUGAGGACAAUGUUCUUUACAUUGUUGAGAACAUUAACGUUGCCGCAAUCGAAACAACCCUUUGGUCGAUCGAGUGGGGAAUCGCGGAACUAAUCAACCACCCCGAGAUCCAAAAGAAGCUACGAGACGAGAUCGACACUCUAGUGGGGCCCGGAGUACAAAUCACCGAGCCCGACACCUACAGGCUACCCUACCUCCAAGCCGUGGUAAAAGAAACCCUCCGCCUCCGCAUGGCAAUCCCACUCCUCGUGCCCCACAUGAACCUCCACGACGCCAAGCUGGCGGGCUACGACAUCCCCGCAGAGAGCAAGAUCCUGGUCAACGCAUGGUUUCUUGCCAACGACGAGGCCCACUGGAAAAAGCCCGAAGAGUUCAGGCCCGAAAGAUUCUUGGAGGAGGAAUCUAACGUCGAGGCGAAUGGGAAUGACUUUAGGUAUCUACCGUUUGGUGUGGGAAGGAGAAGCUGCCCCGGGAUUAUAUUGGCUUUGCCUAUACUUGGAAUUACUUUGGGGCGUUUGGUCCAGAAUUUCGAGAUGUUGCCUCCACCGGGCGAGUCGAAGAUCGAUACUACUGGGAAGGCUGGGCAGUUUAGUCUUCAAAUACUCAAGCACUCCACUAUUGUUUUGAAGCCAAGAUCCUUUUAAUUUUUUUUUUUUUUUGUUUUAUACAUUUUCUUGUUGGUGUUAACAGUGGGUUGGAGGGAUGCAUGAUUCUGAUUCAAUGUUCUGUAUUUGUUAUUUGUUCUGUUUUUUGUUUUUUUUUGGGUUAGUGUGGAUGAAUAUUUUGUAUUUGUCAGUUAC